UCAAAUAAUUUUGACAGGAACUCAUGUUUGCAACGGUAGAUAAUCCCUCAAAUGCAGUUGAAUUUGCAAUCAAAGAAAUGUUGAACGAACCACAGAUAAUGCAAAGGGCCUUAGAAGAGAUUGACACCGUCUUUGGGAGAAAUAGAUUAGUUCAAGAAUCUGACCUGCCACAGCUAAAUUAUGUCAAAGCUUGCCUUAGAGAGGCCUUUCGGCUCCACCCCUUGACGCCUUUUAACGUGCCUCAUGAGUCAGUUUCUGAUACUAUUGUGGGUGAAUCCUUCAUUCCCAAAGGGAGUGUAGUGCUAUUAAGUCGUCUUGGACUUGGUCGGAACCCUAGGGUUUUGGAGGAUCCCAUGAAGUUCAAGCCAGAGCACCAUCUCAAGGAGGAAGGUGGUGAAGUAGUUCUCAAUGAUUUAGAGUUACACUUGUUGUCAUUUAGUACUGGACGACGAGGUUAUCCCGGUGUGAAACUUGGUUCUACAAUUACUACCAUGUUACUUGCUAGGCUACUUCAAGGAUUUUCUUGGAACUUACCACCAAACUCUCCGUGCAAUGACUUCAAUGAGAAAUCGGGAUGUAAUCUUUUUUGUACCGUGCCAUUUUUUGCUCAAGCAAAACCGCGAUUAUCCGAGGGCAUGUACUCAUAAUUAUGUGGCAUCUCGCAUUUACGCAGGGUCAGAAGAAGGGUCACACUCAAGGAGUGUGUUUUAGAAGACCAGAUAACCUACUGUAAUGUAAAUACUAAUGACUGCUUCCACUGGACGAACUUGUACGGAAAAAACUUUACCGUUGCUCCAUUACACCCCUUCAAUUAUAGAAUAUCGAAUUAUA